GGACUGUACCAGGACAAGGUGUUCUGCUUCAUCCAUCUGAGUGUUCAGGAGUUUCUGGCUGCUCUUCAUGUCCACCUGAGCUUCAUCAACUCUGGACUCAAUCUGCUAGAAGGACAACAACCAACCUCCAAGAGGUCAAAACCAAGAUACUUUACAGAGACUCAUUUCCAUCAAAGUGCUGUGAAUAAGGCGUUACAGAGUCCAAAUGGACACCUGGACUUAUUCCUGCGCUUCCUCCUGGGUCUUUCACUGCAGACCAGUCAGUCUCUCCUUCAAGGUCUGCUGAUACAGACAGGAAGUAGCUCACAGACCAAUCAGGAAACAGUUCAGUACAUCAAGGAGAAACUCAGUGAAAAUCUGUCUGCAGAGAAAAGUAUCAAUCUGUUCCACUGUUUGAAUGAACUGAAUGACCGUUCUCUAUUGAAAGAGAUCCAACAGUCCCUGAGAUCAGGAAGUCUCUCCACAGAUAAACUGACUCCUGCUCAGUGGUCAGCUCUGGUCUUCAUCUUACUGUCAUCAGAAGAAGAUCUGGAUGUGUUUGACUUGAAAAAAUACUCUGCUUCAGAGGAGGCUCUUCUGAAUCUGUUGCCAGUUGUGAAAGCCUCUAAAAAAGCUCUGCUAAGUUGCUGCAACCUUUCAGAAAGAACCUGUGAAGCUCUUUCCACAGUCCUCUGUUCCCAGUCUUGCAGUCUAAAAGAGCUGGACCUGGGUAACAACAAUCUGCUGGAUUCAGGCGUGAUGCUUCUCUCAGUGGGGCUUGAAAGUCCUCAGUGUACACUGGAAACUCUCAGUUUGUCAGGCUGUCUGAUCACAGAAGAAGGCUGCACUUCUCUCGCAUCAGCUAUCAACGCCAACCCCUCCCAUCUGAAAGAGCACUACAAUAUCAAAGAUCAAACGCAUGUCUUUGUCCAGUCUUUCUCCUACACCCCCGGCUUGUUGUGGAAGAUGGCCAAUGUCAUGGUCCUGGGUCAAUUUGACCCAGCGGUUUGA